GCGGGCGGCGGCCUGGGCGCGGCGGCGGCCGAGAAGAUGGCGGACGGCGACAGCGGCAGCGAGCGCGGCGGCGGUGGCGGGCCCGGCGGCUUCCAGCCCGCGUCCCGCGGCGGCGGCGAGCAGGAGACGCAGGAGCUGGCCUCGAAGCGGCUGGACAUCCAGAACAAACGCUUCUACCUGGACGUGAAGCAGAACGCCAAGGGCCGCUUCCUCAAGAUCGCCGAGGUGGGCGCGGGCGGCUCCAAGAGCCGCCUCACGCUGUCCAUGGCGGUGGCCGCCGAGUUCCGCGACUACCUGGGCGACUUCAUCGAACACUACGCGCAGCUGGGCCCCAGCAGCCCCGAGCAGGUGGCAGCGGCAGCGGGCGCCGAGGAGGGCGGUGGGCCGCGGCGCGCGCUCAAGAGCGAGUUUCUGGUGCGCGAGAACCGCAAGUACUACCUGGACCUCAAGGAGAACCAGCGAGGCCGCUUCUUGCGCAUCCGCCAGACGGUCAACCGCGGCGGCGGCGGCCCGGGGCCCGGCGGCCUGCAGAGCGGCCAGACCAUCGCGUUGCCCGCGCAGGGCCUCAUCGAGUUCCGCGAUGCGCUGGCCAAGCUCAUCGACGACUACGGCGGCGAGGACGACGAGCUGGCUGGGGGCCCGGGCGGCGGUGCCGGGGGCCCCGGGGGCGGCCUGUACGGGGAGCUCCCGGAAGGCACCUCCAUCACGGUGGACUCUAAGCGUUUCUUCUUCGACGUGGGCUGCAACAAGUACGGAGUGUUCCUGCGCGUGAGCGAGGUGAAGCCGUCCUACCGCAACGCCAUUACCGUCCCCUUCAAGGCCUGGGGCAAGUUCGGGGGCGCCUUUUGCCGGUAUGCGGAUGAGAUGAAAGAGAUCCAGGAGCGGCAGAGGGAUAAGCUUUAUGAGCGACGCGGCGGAGACGAGUCAGAGGGAGAGGAGGUGGAUGAGGAUUGAAACGCUUAGCUUCCCCUACGGGCCUCCCCACCACUAGAGAGCCCCCCUUCCUGUUCAUCCCAGUGAGCUAGUGGAGGGGGAGCAAGGGAGGCCCCAGAAGGAGAAAACAAAAUUUAAAAUAAUAUAGUUAAUUAAGAGAAAUAACCAUAAGAGAGAACAGUCACGGACAAUUAGAGAAAAGCAGUAAAGUUCCAAGGAAUUGACAGCAACCUACAAAGAGAGGACAACAGCGCCUCCUCACCUGAGCAAAAGUCUCAGCUUCUAUUGCUUCCCAGCUGAGGUUUCUAAAUCCAUCAGGAUAAUCCUGGGUGGGGUAGAUCCUUGCACAUUGGCCAAGGAACACCUCUUGAGUUACCCAGACCCACUGAUGACAGCUGAAUUUGUAUUAUACCUGGGUAACCUGGUCUUAAGAUAGUGUCUAUCCCUUCACCUCCAUUGAAAUCAGCGUUUUGGAUCUAGAUCUUCAUGGAAUUCUUGUGAAGAGAGAGGCAUUUGCAGUUACCCAGUUCUGAGGGUACAAAUUUUAUGAAAAGGAAUGCAACUUUAAGUAAUCAUAGACAGGGCAAAAUAAGAAUUCAAGAAGCCACCAGGGAAUACAGAAACAAAUCGGAUCCAUUUUUUUUUUAAUGGUUUUGCAUGGAACCUGGGACAAGGCCCAUGUCUUGUCUUUGCAGAAUUAUUUUCCGGGAUGCAGAUGGAUUCAGAUGUCAGUCCUUGAGAACUAGAAUCCGUUAUUAUAAUAUUUUGGAAGUUGGCAAAAUUUUUUCAAAGAUAAAAGCAGUUUUACAUUGGGGGUUGCUGAGGUAGGCACAAGAAGAAAUCAGGCAUAAAGCACAAGGAAAACUGUUUUGAGUGGAUUGGUUGCUGCUCACUAAAGUUCUUCCCCGAUCUCCAAAUAUGGAGGUCAUGUCUUAGAUAUGAAUGAGAGCCAGAUCCCCGUGGCUCCACCGUGUGAGCCAGUGAAUUAUGGCUAAUUCGGCAGUUUCAGCCACUGGUUGGCUGGAUUUUAAACCGUAAAACUUGAAGAUAUCUACAAAAGGAACAGUGGCUACAAGCCUGAGCUUUAAUGGAAUAUAAGUCCUCACAGAAAAGUUCGAAAUAACCAAAACUGAAGUCUUCAUCUACCUUCAGUUUAAUCUGUGGAUUUGUUUAAACACUAAAGAUCCUCAGGUCCAGAAUUCCAGCAACAUUUAUUCUUUUAAAAUAAAUUUUUAAGAACUUGAUCCAUUGUAUCAGUACCUCACAAUCAAAGUUGGCAAACGAUGAGUGAUUCAAGCAGUGUGCCCUUUGGAAGCUGAAAUCCAUCUGAAUGGAGCUGAAGUGAACGUGAAUAUGCUGACUAUCCUGGAAGCAUUUUUAUACCAUCUUGAAAUUUCAACAAACUGCCUUUUGCCAGUUUAUCCAGCUGUCUUUCAAGAAUAAAAGUUGGGGUUUUCAA